AUGAGCAAUGUUGUCACAAGUAUUAGAGACAGUGUAAAGUAUGUGAAGAGCUCACAAGGACGGAAGCAAAGGUUCGAGAAGAUGAUUAAAGAAGUAGGGAUAUCUUGUGAUAAACGACCGCCACUUGAUGUUCCGACGCGGUGGAAUUCCACUUAUCACAUGCUCAAGUGUGCUUUGGAGUAUGAGAGAGCAUUUGAAGCUCUAACCCGUGAGGACAGUCAGUAUGUGCAUGAGCCUUUAGUUGAGGAAUGGAAGAUGGCCAAAAAGCUUUGUGACAUCUUGAAGACAUUUUGUGAUGCUACUGAAGUACUCUCGGGUUCCAACUAUCCUACUACAAGCUGUAUUUUUGAUCAGUUUUGGGAGGUCAAGCUGUUAUUGGAAAAGGAGUCCUCAAAUACAGAUGUUAUGAUUGCAGCCAUGAUACAUAAGAUGAAAGAAAAACUUCAGAAAUACUGGGAUAUAUGCUUCUUGCAAAUAUGUGUUCCAGUCAUCUUGGACCCUAGAUUUAAGUUGGGAUUUCUUAAGUUUCGUCUAAGCAAAUGUUUUGGUGAAACAUCACAAUACUUCCCUAUAGUUGAGAGGACAUUUCGAGAUCUCUUCGAUGAAUAUAACUCACAAUCAAGUGACUGUACUCAAGAUCAUGCAAAUUCAGUUGGUAGUGUUGAAACCAAUGUUGAUAGAAGCAACCCUUGGGCAGAUUGGAGCUUGCACCAGAACUUGAGACAAAUGAGAAGGGAAGGUUUGCCUAUCUCUGAAUUGUUUUCUGAUGCUCCUUGUGAGUCAGUAUCUGGAGGAUUCGGCAAGUCGUUGCUCAGCUUCGUCUGCCCGAGUGAUGGCUGCCCGGGCCUGCGCGGCAGCGAGAUCGGCGGCGGUGAUGGCUUCUUCUGCCGCGCGCUGAAGCUCUUCCUCGCGGGUCGUCAUGGGGAGGAGACGGUGACGUAG